UACACGCGCCAUCUUGACAACUCCUCCGCCUCUAUCGUUGCCGAAACGAAAGAAACUUCAAAGUAGCUCGACAAGUUUUCUUUUGAGAGUAUACUACAGAGCGGUACUCCUGGCUGGGUUAUGUCAAGUUAAACUUUUAUCUUCAGACGUCACCGGGUGAUACAGCUAGUUUGGGCCUGUCCCGUUAACGUUGGGCUAGUUGGGAGUUAACGUUACGCCAAACAAUGCAUAUGCUAGCGUCAAACGGAUCCAUAAUGGACUUGGACUCGGAUUUGGUGAAAAUUAAAGCACACUACUGUGGGGACAUGUUGAUCACAGACUUGGCAGCCACGGUAACCUUUGUGGAGUUGCGUGAGGAGGUGAGGAUGAUGUGCAGCGUUGCCAAGCAGCAGCCCAUCACACUCAAGUGGAUUGAUGAUGAAGGGGACCCUUGUACUAUCUCGUCUCAGAUGGAGCUAGAGGAGGCAUUUCGUAUUUACAGUCGAACCAAGAAGUCUGGAUUACUGCUGCAUGUGUUCCCCAGUAUCCCGGAGAAGCCUGGCAUGCCCUGCCCUGGAGAGGACAAAUCAAUCUAUCGCCGCGGGGCCAGAAGAUGGAGGAAACUCUACCGAGUCAACGGACACCUCUUUCAGGCCAAGCGCUUUAACAGGAAAGCCUACUGUGGCCACUGUAGUGAAAGGAUAUGGGGGCUGGGCAGGCAGGGCUACAAGUGUAUCAACUGCAAACUGCUGGUCCAUAAGCGCUGUCACCGACUCAUCCCUCAGACCUGCCAAAGGCUUAUGGAUCCAGCCAUGCCAUCACAGGAGCCCCCUUCAGAUGCCAAGAGUGAAGAAGUGGACCUUCCACCAGAUGACACAGAGGACACAGAUGGAAUAUCUUUUUUACCACACAACUGUACAGUGGAUAAAACAGAAGAUGCAGAUAACGAGGACAUCAAAGCAGUAGUGGAUGGCAUCGAUGGCAUUAAGCUCUCCCCGGGCCUGGCUCUCGGGCUGGGUGACUUCGACCUGAUUCGAGUGAUCGGCCGUGGAAGCUACGCCAAAGUCCUGCUGGUUCGGCUAAAGAAAAACAAGCAGGUGUACGCCAUGAAGGUGGUAAAGAAGGAGCUGGUCCACGAUGAUGAGGAUAUUGACUGGGUACAGACAGAGAAGCACGUGUUUGAGCAGGCGUCCACCAAUCCAUUCUUAGUAGGCCUCCACUCCUGUUUCCAGACAGAAAGUCGGUUAUUUCUAGUGAUUGAAUAUGUGAACGGCGGGGACUUGAUGUUUCAUAUGCAACGACAAAGGAAGCUCCCUGAAGAACAUGCAAGAUUUUAUGCUGCUGAAAUCUGUAUUGCUCUGAACUUCCUGCAUGAAAAGGGCAUAAUCUACCGUGACCUGAAGCUGGACAAUGUUCUCUUGGAUCAUGAGGGACACAUCAAGCUCACAGACUACGGCAUGUGCAAGGAGGGGAUCAGACCAGGUGACACCACUAGCACCUUCUGUGGAACACCCAACUACAUUGCACCUGAGAUCCUGAGAGGAGAGGACUAUGGCUUCAGUGUGGACUGGUGGGCUCUGGGUGUGCUGAUGUUUGAGAUGAUGGCUGGGAGGUCCCCAUUUGACAUUAUCACCGACAAUCCUGACAUGAACACAGAGGAGUACCUCUUUCAAGUUAUUCUUGAGAAGCCCAUUCGCAUCCCAAGGUCUCUGUCGGUGAAAGCUGCCAGCGUGCUCAAGGGCUUUCUAAACAAGGAUCCCAAGGAGCGGCUGGGUUGCCAGGUCCAGACGGGCUUCACAGAUAUCAAGUCACACACAUUUUUCCGAAGUAUAGACUGGGACCAGCUGGAGAAAAAAGAGGUAACACCGCCCUUCAAACCUCAAAUCACUGAUGACUACGGCCUCGAAAACUUUGACACGCAGUUUACUAAUGAACCAGUGCAGCUAACACCAGAUGAUGAGGACGUCAUCAAGAGAAUAGACCAGUCAGAGUUUGAAGGAUUUGAAUACAUCAACCCCCUGCUGCUAUCCACAGAAGAGUCUGUAUGAAGGGGAGACCAGCUUCCUCCUUCGCCCACCUACUGUCUGUCCAAGCUGCCGUCUCAGCCAAAAAACACUCGCAAGCCAACUCUGAAAGGCGAGGAGGAGGAGGAAGAGUAAAGGACAACAGGGAGGACGAACUCACCCUCUGGACCUUGUCAACAAGGCGAAGGAAACUGGAGAACGGGAACGUUUCCUUCCUGGUGAUUCCGAUUGUUUUGUUGGGAUACCAACUCUUCUUUUCUUGGUAUCUACAAGGAAAACAAAGACGCUGGACUUCAAGAACAUUCCCUGUUGUUAUGUUGUCUUCCCCUUUUCUUUUUCUUUUUUUUUUCUCCUUCGGCUUCAUUCCUUUCUCCUCUCAGAAUGUCCAUCCUCAUGUUGAAGCACGGCCAGCUUUGUAAUUUAAACAGAGAGCUGUUUCAUUCUGUGCCUGCCAUCAUGAACACAUUUCAUCCUGAGUCACAUCCCUGGAUUAAUAUGACAGUUCUGCUGAAGAACUUGAAAUUUUAACGUGCACUUUUUUUUCUUGUUAAUUUUUUUUUUCUAUCUUGUAGGGGGAGGGCGACGGCUCACACAAAACAAGAAUGUACAAUGGCGAAGGAAAAAAAUAAGUUAUUAUUGUGUAUUAUAAUGUAGGUAGUGAAUCCAGAAUUGACGAUGCCUUUUUAUUGAUGCAAGUGGCACAUUUUCAUCGUAACCACAAAGAUUUCUUUUUGUUAUCUUUUAGGAUUUUCACAAACAACGUGGGGGUGGGGUGGGGGGGGGGAUGACUUUUUAUUUAAGAAGUGCCUCAAAGAUCAUAUUAAUUACCAUGUCUCUGAUUGCACUUAUCUCUUAUUGAGCAUCUCUUCACCUUCAUCUUGGCGUCAGAAGGUAAAGACCAACUGAAACCAUGGAUAGACUAAUCCAUAAUGGGGGUUGGUCCAGACCACUCAAAUUUUUAGUGGAAUCAAUAUUUUUGGAGCAGCCUGCCUCAGUCCUGACACAUGACUGAAUCUUUUUAUUUUUAAUGAAUCAGUUGAAAUAACCACAACAGAUUGUUUAUGACUGGUCUAUAGAUUCACAGCAGUCGCAUCCAAGCAUCCAGCUUGAUGUUUCAAUGGGUUUUUUUUUUCAUGUCACAGAUGGGUGUCGUGAUGCAAGCAGCAGUCCUGUAUUCGUGAUGACACUCAGUAUAAGGGUUUAGGCUAUACAGGCCACAGUAUACUUGCUGCCAAUCACAGUUUGGCAGCUUUAGGAACACAUUAUAUCAGGACUUCAGCUAAAAAACAAAGCAGUGCAUUGGCUUCAGCCUCCACAGUGUGGACAGGCUUGCUGGCCGAGCUCAGAUUCUUCGACACCAGCUGCCACUGCGUGACCAUCUGCAGCCAGUCAAAAAUAUCAUGUGACCGGUUGGUUGUGCUGUCUUGUGGAAAUGUGUCUCCAUUUCCAUUUUGGGCUCAUCGUGUGUUUCCAUCUCCGUAUUAAGGCUCGCUUUACGCAGUGCAACUACAGCUCUGUGCGGCUUAAAGGGACAGUUCACCCCAUAACAAAAAUACAUUAUUUUCCCCCUUUUUUUUAAUCAGUCUAGAUUGUUUCAGUGUGAGUUGCAUAGUGUUGGUGAGAGUGGCCAUAGAGAUGCCUGCCUCCUUUCCAAUACAAUGGAACUAGAUACAGUGUUUCACCCAGAAAUAGAUUCUGUGUGCUGUGGUGGCAGAUGGGGGUAGGGUUUUUUUGGGCCUGUGAACGCAGCACAAGCGGAACUUUUAAUAACUUUUCAAGCUGUUUAAUGAUCAUAUUCAAGACUUCCUUUCGAUCAGUUUGUGGUCGAAUCGAUUAGAGCUGAUCAGUUUAGAUCGAUGGAUAGAGCAGCGGCUGCAGAGGUGAAUGACAGCAAACACAUGUAAACUACAUGGGUAUGCAGACGGUUUCUUCUGAAGUAGUUUGUAAAAACAAUAGGUAACACUAAAACUAUAUAAAUGAACAAACAGUUCAAAAUUAAAAAAUCUAGAUGUGGAAGUGGAUGCUGAUGUCAAAUACAUAAAUGUGUGGGAAACCCUGUAGAUGCCACUCAGCUUGUGGUGCUCAAAGCACCAAAAAAAAUAUGAUAGAUGAGCUAGCAGUAGAUGCAAACUUCUUCUGUGCAGGGAUGCGGUUGGCAGGUAUAGUUCAGUAGAAAAAAAAUAGUUCCAACAUGAAACUGCUCACAACAAGGUCUGUAGAUUAUCUUGAGUUAGCGGGUCAUGAUUUCUGGAAAGAGACAUUGCUGAUGAGUUUUUCAAAUGUAAGUUUUUAGUGCUUUGAGCACCACAAGCUGAGUGCCAUCUAGUUCCAUUAUAUUGGAGAGAAGGCAGACAUCUCUACAGCUGAUAUCUCCUACAACGAGCAACUCACACUGAAACAAUCUAGACUGAUUAGCAGCACCACAGGUAAGAGGAAAAUAUGUUUUUUGGAUUUUGGGGUGACCUGUCCCUCUACGUUGUUACAUUGUUCCUUUGGUUAUAUACAUCCAAUGAAACUACUAAUCUCCUGUUGCAGGAGGACAUCAUUCUAAAAUUAUUAAACAUCUUAAAAUUUAGUUUUAAUAUUGUUUUAUUUCUAAGAGGAUAAAAGGUUUUUAGCGAUCCAUCAGAAAUGCUUCAGGCCAGCAUAUAAUGUAAACACAUUUGCACUGGUGACUGUCGUGUUCAGGCAGAGGACAGCAUUCUGUCAGCAGUGAUGUUGAAUGAGCAUCAAGAAACCAAAAGAUACAAAAUAUAAAACAUUUUUUUUCCUCAAAGCACAGGAUUACAGAGCAGAUAUGCAGUUCAGUUUCACUUAUUAGACAGGAAUCCUAUCAAAGUUUCACUUGAGUCAUACGUGUCAUUUUAUUAUGUUUCAUCACAUGGUGAGUAAUACAGUGAUUCUCUACAUAUGUUAAAGGUAGGGUCUGGAGGAUUUUCCAGUUGCUGUUUGUAAACACACAUUCAAAUUUGGCCCCUCCUAUCAGGUUCAACUCUCCCGGGUGCACGGAGCCCGGAGGUACGGAAGAAGGCUUCACAGAAGAGGUUCAGGCAAGGCUCGCGUUGGUGCACGCUCGGACACGCUCAGGCAUGGCACCUGCGCUCUCUCAUUGGCUGGGGAAAUCUCCGCCCAGAAGCGGUGCGAGCUCACAAAAACAUCAAAAUACAGUUAAAGGGCAGGAGCUCUGCAAACAGAGUCACCACCACACAUGAGUAGAAGCCCAUAGGUGAUGAUUAAGCAGGAUUUCAUUUGUAUAUAUCUAUAUUUUCUUUUGUUUGAAAAUCCUCCACAUCCUACCUUUAAUGCUGGCAUUUGUUUUUUUCUUCACUUCAAAAUGAAGUAGCUGUUCAACAUAGUUCUCUAACAAUAUAACUGAGUUAACUGACAGACAAUAACUGCAAUGUGUGAGGAUGUUUUUAGACAUUUUAAAGGUCCAGUGUGUAGGAUUUAGGGGGAUAUUUUGGCAUAAAUACAAUAAUGAGCAGUUUACAUCUACAUUUGGCCACGGUCCUCUUCCACAGAGUCCUCCAUGUUGUUCUACAGUAGCCCAGAACGAACCAACAAACACUGGCUCUAUGCAGGGCCAUUCAGGUUUCGAGUCAGCCACCGUAGUUCUCCCACACACUUGGCACAUGUGAGGAGUUUCAGUUAAUUGCAACUUCACCACUAGAUUCCACUAAAUCCUACACUAGACAUUUAAUACUUUAAAGGUGCAGUCAGCGAUUCUAAUCCAAUACACUUUUUAUUUAAUUCAGUGAGUGAGUAUCUCCUCAUGGUCCACUAGCUGUGCAUUUUGUGUGUACGCUGAAAAAAAUCCAGUGUUCAUACACAGCCCUGGUUCUCUAAGUUAUUCAGACCUAGCUACACAAGCUAGCACUGUGCCUGUACACAGCACAGGGUAAAGGCCAUGAUGUAUAAGGAGAAAAACAGUGGGAGCAAGGGACGCCAGACAGAGCUUCUGAAGGAGCAUUUAGGAGAGGGGUCUCUCCAGAAUCACCAACUCCACAAUUAAUAACUAAAAAACACUAACACAGGCGUCAUAUGUCGUCAUUAUGGGGAAAAGGGUUAAGGGGACAGAUGUGUGGAUGACAGAUGACUCAGGAGAUGAAUCAAAAUCCCAAUCCCAGGUGUUGAACCACGUCCACUCCCCUGGACUGGCUCUGGAUUUAAAAACUGCUUUAAUAUAUCACCACAUGCAUUGAACUAGUCAGGCAAAUGGCCCCAGGUCCAGGAAAAGAACUGCAGUAACACUCCCCACCAUAUUAUAUGCUCCACAUCCGCCUGGCCACAUGACUUGAUUUCAUACCUGUCAAUGUCUACGAGGACUUGUUAUGUACAGUCUGGAAUGUGUAACUAUGCAGACUGUACACACCAAGAAACAUGUGAACACAUCUGUGUAUGCAGACAGCCAGUGUAGUAUUAACAGAAGCUGAUGUGUAUCAUCUGCUGUCUGUCUUUGUGUUGUGUUAAUGAAGCUCAGUCCUUCUUGAGCCUGUUUAUACCUGGUAUUAAGAUGCAUCUUGGGUCAUCCAGUCUUAGGUGAACAAUGCUAACCACAAGUGUAAAUGACCACCAAGACACUUGGUGAACCAAUUACUCAAACCUUUUGCCGAGGUGGUCUGGGACACAUUUGACCACAUCUUUUGUAAUGUAAAGUCUAAUGUGUCCUGAAGCGUUCCCACUAAGGACUUUGUCAUUGAUGCAGGACGUGCUGGUUGCUGUGACACCAUGCUGACGCUCUUUAACUUGCCCAAUUUACGACAAGUUGGAUGAAGUGUUGUGGGACUGUCCAUCAUUUUGCCCUGUGAAAGCAGGCAUGUUGAACUCUGCUGACAGCAAUAUCUGCAGCUGCACCAACACAAACGCUAACCUGACUAGCGAGCAUGCUAGUGAGAGUGUGGAUGUAAUAACUGUGCACGGGGUCCUGUGUUGUACGCAGUAACAAAAUCUGAACGCAAGUGGUCAGCUGGAGAUGCAUGAUAGACACAGGUGUGAAUGUUGAUGUGUCUCAGCUGUCCACCUGUGUUUGGAUCACUGAAACGCAUGAAUACAGGAAUACCUCACCCACAAAGUGACCAUUUAUAAAUCAAUUAGUCAUCUUUGUUAUUUUUGCAGGCCUCUACUGGAUACGACUGGAUAAAUGAAACUUGGAUUAUACUGAGCAAGUUGUGUGAGACAUUUUAAACGGAUGUUUUGUUAUAGUUUUGCUGCUGCCAGCAAACUUUUGGUCCCCAGUCAAUCAAUAAAUCAAUGUGUUUGCCAUUUUCCUUGGAGGCAUGCAAGAAAAAUGUUUGUUAGGGUUUUUUUCCCCGUAAUUUUCAGGUAACACAACAUCACUUAUUUACAGUUAGGGGUUUUUUUGUGUGUGUGUGAGGUAUUCCUUUAAUACCAGGUGUAAACAGGCAUUUUAAGUGCUGACUGAAAUGCAUCCAUAACAUCAACUAAUGAAAACCUUUUUAAUUAUUUGACCACAAAUAAUUAAAAACUUAAGACAGGUAUUUUUUUUAAGUUUUGAAGAAGUUCUGCUUUAGUAUUGGAGCAUCGUGUUGGCAUCAAUUUUGGAGUUUUUAAAAGAAUACCCGUCCUAAUCAAGAAGUGCUGUGGAUGAGUUUGUAUCCUGCAGCUGACAGCACAACAGUUGCCCAGUGUAAAACCAACCCAACACACGGGGUCAGCUCUCUAACAUCAGUGGUUUGGAGGCUCAGCUCGCCAAGCUGGUAGCUCAUUCCUGCACUGUUAUCAUCCAUCAAAUCCUAAUUUUUAUUUGGGCUGUUUAAGUUCAGACAAGCCUAACUUCAUAUGUUGCCACCUUGCAAUCAACAUAUUUGUAACCAAAUUUUGGAGCCUUGUGCUGUUGAAAGGCUGGGAUAACAUCAAACAUGCACGGCACGUGUGUGAAUAUCAACUACAAGCACAGAUUAAAGUCGGCGACAGAAAGAACUCCUUGCCUCUGAAGUGAGCUUUGUGUUGAUCUCUACGUCUGUGCGCUUCUGGGGAGAGGAAGAGCUCUCUAUUGGCUGAGAUUUAGUUGAUGAAAUCUGACCCGUGGUAAUUUGAUAACCACAUAAUAGGAUUAAUUAGCUGAUCCUGAGUCAAAUGGUCUCAAUUAGCCGUAGGGCCUUUACAGGCAGGGAAGGAAAUAGAUAGAGAGGGGAGAGAUAAUGAAACAGUUCCACAGUCACCGAUUACUCCACCACAAUGAAUACACACACAGGCACACGCACAUACACUUCAAGAAGCUAGAAAUCACUCAACAUUCGAUGAAGCCUCCUCCUCCAACCCCCCAAACUCCAUCUCCUUUACUGCAUUUUAUUAAUGUCAUGUUUUGUUCAUCUAUUUGCACAUCAGGCGAUACGUUGGCGGCAUUGUUUUUUUGUUUUUUUUUUCCUUGAGGGACCAACGGAUGAACUGGGAGUCCUUGAAACCACUUUAGAGAACAGUGAAGGCCACUCAGACAUCUAAAAGACAGAGAAUCUUUAUCUCAAACUAAAUGAACUCGGUCCAUGAUUUUUGUUCUAAAAUAAUGCUGGUUGGAUAUGCUUCAUUUUGCUUCAAUGCAUCUUUGUAAAUAUGUGUAAUUAUUAAAAAUGAUACUGGUUUUCCGUGAACUGAGUCCUUCCUUUUUGC